AAUUUUGAUUGGUUGACCACCUGAUGUCUUAAUUAGAAAAUUGAUCAGAGUUGGACUUUAUAAAUCAGCUCUCUUAGAUACAUAUAAAAGUCAUUCAGUCAUGACAUCAUUUACUCUGUCAGAUUCUCCCUGCCUGUAGCUGGUCAUCUUCUGAACCGCGCGAAGUAGACGUGUUCAUGAGCAGUGCAAACACAGUUAAUCCUCAGGAAGCUAACGAAAACAAGAAUCAUGUUCCUACAGUGAUGCUGGCUAAAGAAAAUCCAGGGGGUUUAUGUGAGAUCACUGUAAAAGAUGAAAAAGGAAAUGAUCUAGAAAUAAAUUUAGAUUCAGAAAAGCAACAAACACGUGGUGGUUGGAAUGGAAAAUUGGAAUUCGUUAUGACAUGUAUCGGUUAUGCCGUCGGUCUUGGGAAUGUAUGGCGUUUCCCUUAUUUAUGUCAUAAAAACGGUGGAGGUGCAUUUCUCAUCCCUUAUUGUCUGAUGCUGAUACUACUUGGACUUCCUUUAUUUUUUCUUGAAUUCGCAUUUGGCCAAUUUGCAAGUUUGGGUCCCAUAUCUGUUUGGAAUAUCAGUCCAUUAUUCAAAGGCAUCGGCUACGCAAUGGUCAUUUUAUCUUGGAUACUGGUUGUAUACUAUCAAAUUGUUGUAGCGCAUUGUCUAUACUUUUUAUGCGCUAGCUUUACAAGCCGAUUACCUUGGACAGACUGUGAUCCAGCUUGGAGUAGUCCCAAUUGUAUGGAUGCAUCUCGUGCUAACUUUACGAAUAUAACAAAUCCUAAGGCUCCAUCAGAAGAUUAUUACUUUAAUGAAGUACUUAAACUAAGCUCUGGACUUGAAGAAUUUGGUACACCAAGUUGGUCAUUAACAUUGUGUUUAUUAGCUUGUUGGAUAAUUUGUGCAUUAGCUGUUAUCAAAGGUGUUCAAUCACUUGGUAAAGUAUCCUAUUUUACAGGCAUAUUUCCAUAUAUAAUGUUAACUAUUCUUUUAAUACGAAGUGUACUUCUUCCAGGCGCCAAAGAUGGUGUACUAUAUUAUUUGACACCUGAUUUUUCUCGUUUAAAAGAUCCACAAGUAUGGGCAGAUGCUGCUACACAGAUUUUCUUCUCUUUGGGUUGUUGCAACGGUGGUUUGAUAACAAUGUCAAGUUAUAAUAAAUUCAAGAACAACUGUUGUAGAGAUGCUGUAAUAUUCGCUAUUAUCAAUUGUGCAACUUCUGUUUACGCUGGAUUUGUUAUCUUCAGUAAUUUGGGUUUUAUGGCUUUAACAAAGAAUACAACAGUCGCUGCAGUUGCAACAUCCGGUCCUGGACUCGCUUUCGUUGUCUACCCUGAAGCAAUGACAAAUAUGCCAUUGCCUAGUUUAUGGUCAGUGUUAUUUUUCAUUAUGAUGUUAACACUUGGUCUUGGUUCACAAUUUUCCAUAUUGGAAACAACUCUAUCCGGCACAGAAGAUGAACUGAGACGAUUAGGUGUAGUAUUGACAACAAAACGGAAAAUGUUGUAUCGGGUUGUUAUAUGCUUUGUUGAUUUCUUGCUUGGAUUACCUAUGGUUUGUGCUGGUGGCUACUAUUUAUUCUCUAUAUGCGAUAGUGUGAUAUCUGGCUAUACACCUUUAGUGAUCGCAUUGUGUGAAACAGUUGUUAUAUGUUAUGUAUAUGGCUUAAAACAAUUUCGACGUGAUAUUGAAUUAAUGAUUGAUGAACGACCGAAUUGGUAUUGGCGUAUUUGUUGGCUUGUAUUUACACCAGUGAUUUGUUUCUUAUUAAUUAUUGCAAUAUUUAUUUAUUCGGGCGAAUUUAAAGAAGGCGAUUAUACAUAUCCACAAUGGGCAUUAGUAUUUCGUCAAAUAUUAGCCGCUAUACCUGUAAUCACAAUUAUUGCCUGGUUUUUGUAUAAAUACUGUAAAGAAGGUGGUUUUGUUCUAUCAAUCAACAUUUUACUCAAAAGUCAAAUAAUUGGUAUGUGAAUUCUGACUGAUUCAUCGCUAAAUCUUACUGUUACUGUAAUGUAUAUUUAAUCCUUAGUGCUAAUCGAACUCUGUUGGUGGAGUUACAAUAUGGCUACUAGUCUAAAUACCUUUUUGUCUCAUGCACUAUACUAUGAUGUGAGACUCAAAGUUAAAUGAAAUCGACAGCGUGCCCUAGACAUCAGUUUCAUUUUGGUUCAUUGCAGGAUACACACUUAUUUGUCAUAAAUACGUUCAAAAUUAAUCGUAAACUUCUUCAUUUCUGAAUAGCUAAUGAAAGAAUUUUUGAAACCUGUUCAUGAAUGGGGACCAGCUGAGAAAGAAUAUCGAACGGAAUUCAUCUCUAUGAUUAAAUCAAAUGAAUCGUUACAUCGUUCUCGUAUUAAUGACCUUGGUCCUGGUAAUCCCUAUACAACAAUGACUCAUGCAAUAUCUAACAGUCAAAUGCAAGUGAAUUUUGCUUUAGGCGGUUCACUUGUUAGUGGAUUAGCUACUACCGGUGUAGUAGAUGAUACUAAAUUUUUCCAGAGUAAAUUAAAAGUAGCUGAAAAACUUACAGAAGCCCAUACUAAAGAAGUGAUAAAGCGAGUUGCCAGUAAUGCAGAUUUCGUCCCAUUAGAUCCUAAUUUAGCUUUAACAGCUAGUCAGACAGCUUUAGCAGCAGCCAGUUCUGCUGUUCUUCUUAACACACUACACAAACCAUUCCCAGAAAAUCCAACUCAUGCUCCAAUGCCUAUAAGAUUACCGGAACAAAUUGAACGUGGUGAUGAUGAUGAUGAUGAUGAUGAUGAUGAUGAUAUUAAUGUGGUUGGAAUCAAACAACUAACUACUACGGCACAUUCAAAACAUGGAUUAAAUGAUCAACACCAUCAUCAACAACUAACGCAACAUCAACAACAAAAUCAAUAUCAUGAAGAAAAUCACGAAGUGCAUUUUGAUAAACCGAAUAAACUUCAACGUUUUAUUCACAAAGUGAAAGAUACCAUUUAAAACGAAAAUAUUGAUUUUAGUAUGAUGACUUUUAGCAGUGAAUCAAAUGAAGAUUUUGAUGAACAAAUUAUGAGAUAUUGUUUACCUUAGUUCAUUCUCAGCUUUGUUUGAUUAAUAUAUAUAUAUAUAUAUAUAUAUAUAUAUAUAUAUAUAUAUAUAUAUAUAUAUAUAUACAUAUAUAUUUAUAUUUUGUUUGUAAUAAUAUUAUUAGAAUUACACUUGAAAAUUGAAUCAUGGAAUUCAAAAAUCAAUUCUUGCUCAAAAAUGUUUGUACACUUUCUAUUGUAUAUUGUUAUUCAUUCAUCAUGAACAAGCAUAUUUUUGAAUAAAUCAUUUAUAUGAUCUUUU